CACCACGUAAGAGGAGAGAGAAAGCGAGGUCGCGUCAACUGGGAAAGGAGGCGGCCGCCAAUGGGCGCCCGGGAACCCGGCUUCGAAAGCAUCGGCGCCAAACGAAUCUGACGCGCGCGCCCACAUCGACCGCGUGGAGGGACCGAAGCCGGCCGCAUCUUCCCAACACUUGACGCUCCGCCGUCCAUCAGCUGCUUCGUUCGCCCCAGCAAGGAACAGCUCGCGCGAUGGGAUCGCCGCACGGCAGCCGAGCGUGCCGGCGACUGUUCGACGACGGCGAGGAGAGGGGCACCAGGCGGACGCUGGACAAGAUGCAGGAGGACAGCUCGCGGGCCUGGAACUACGACUUCGGACGCGACCGGCCGAUGCAGGGCCGAUUCCAGUGGCAGCGCGCCGGCGACGACGACAAGAGGUCGCAACGCCGCUGGGGCAGCGACGCGUCGCCGGGCUCAGAUUCACACAGACAGAAAGACAAGGGCUGUUCCUUCAAAGGAAGAUGUGACGAGGUCCUGGGGCGCUCUGAGAUAACGGGGAGGACUCCCUACUGACCACCGUUGACUGAUGUUUACGGAAUACAUGAACUCUCCAGACAAGACAAGCCACGCAAGCUCGUCUUCACUGGCUUCAAGGCACCACAGGUGUUCAUCGACUAAAAGCAUCCUUUCUUGAUUGAUAUAUUCCUAUAGUGGUUCUCGCUAUAUAUAUAUAAACCUGUACAGGAUGGUCCUUGCUACCACACGCUCUCACACUGCCGUGGUAGCUCACUAGAACUUCUCUAUAACCUGUACGAUCCUUUGUUGAGCUAGGCUGUCAUCGCACCUAGAACACUGCUUCUUAACGUCUGUUACAUUACAAUGCGGCAAUACAACAGCACAGACAGAGUGCAUUUAAUUAUUGUAUAUGGAAUAGAGUUACGAUCGCAGCGUUAUAACUUCUUGACCACAAUGACGACAUCUACAAUCCAUUCGGUCAUUUGAACUGCGUUCUGGAGAAACAUUCAACACCGUUCCUAGAGAGAAUAUAUUGGCACGAUGACUACGCGUACAAUGUGCAAUAUCAUUCCGUCUAAAGAGAAGCUUCCACAGUAUAGGGGGGUGCGCCGAAAAGGCCACUGCGAAAAAACGGUUGCGUGGCUACGAAGAAGGAAAGAGUUGCUCGAUUCACUUUGCUGUGAAAACCCUUCGUAAAGCUCUCCUCAAUUUCUUUAUUGUUCUGCUCCAGCGCAUCAUCCGGUAAAAAAAAAAAAAACAUGCUCAAUGUUUCUUAUCUAUGAUAAAGGGCGAAAUAUUCCGUCUUAAGAACACUGUAUUCCUUGUCAGAGCCAGUCCAUUAUCAAAAAACAAAGCGAAGAGGGCUCUGUAGGCGCAGAUGCACUAGCGUGCAGCGCAUAGACGAUACCCAUAACAUAACCCUAAGUCUGUCGCGCACUGCCAUUUUUGCAGCCGUCUCGUGCGGACGACGCAGAGUUAUCAGAUGACCAGACUAUCACUCGCUUCUUUAUUGACACAAAGAAGCGCGGUGAUCGUAAUGGAAUAUGACGUGUACAUACAAAUUUCUUAUUUACACAAUUUCAUUAUUUUUUUGUUCUCAUCAGUAUUUUAAUGUCCGUUAUAUUUAUGCAAUCGGAUGGGCAAUGUUUUUAUUGAAAAAUGUGUACAAAUCAACAACGAUCUCUGAGGCACUCGCCAGGAGAUGGUCGCUUCCUGACAAAGUGUUGCCAGUGAUAGUCUUUUUGUAGCCUGAGCACGUGCUUCAAUUAGAUGAAAUAAUUAUUCUCUUGCGCAUGCUCAAUCACUACAAGAGUCAAGUUAAUGACAUUUUACGCCCAUCUUUAGCAGCAAAAAUCAGCGUGAAAGCGUCGAGGAAACCUGCUUUGUGCAGAAAAAUUAGAGUGCCAUGUGCUCAGGCUCGGUGUUCUCUGUCCACAUUGUUUUGUUCCGUGAGCGACCUUCUCCACGCGAUGCCUCCAACCUGUGAAAACUCAAUUUGUACAGCUAUAUUCUGAAAUUUCGAAAAUAUAUGUGAGAAUACUCGGUAGAACUAUUUUUUCUGAGCAUAGGAGACACAAUAAGCGUUAUUAACUGCCAAAGUAUGUUUUUGUUUGUUUGUACUUAUCGGCUGGUGCUGGUGGAAGGUGGUGAUAUGUAGAGUGCUUUAUAACGCACAGGCGUUCACAUUGUAUAUCCCUCACACGUUAUGAUCAUUACGCCUGCUGUGCUCGUUGUUUUUUUUUUGUCUGUUGAAAUCAAGAGAUCGUUAUAUUGUGAAAGCAAAAUAAUUAAUCGGCUUCGUUAAUGUACUCCUCUUAAAUUGGUCGAAUGCUCUUGUGUUGGCCAAACGGCAAAUGGACACAAGUGUUCCUUCACAGCUCGACACUGCUGAUAUGUGCUUUCGGACGCUCUGCCUCGUUUCAAUAGGGGCCACAAGAGCGUAACGUAAGAUCGAUUUCUAUAAUUGUAACAUUGCUAGCGUAUCAGCGCACUCGUCGUGAUUUCUUAGUUUCUAAAUGCCAGUGAACACGGCAUUGUAGCAGCUUGUCUUGCGCUUAUUCCUCCACUGCUUGCAUUAAUGACAUGGUGCGGACUAAAGUAGACCUCAUGAAAUUCGGGAUGCGGUGAUAGUUGGCUCCGUUACAUCUAAUACAUAAACGGUGCAUCGCAAGUUCUUUGUUACUGAGCCUCGGCUUACUACCGCCGACUUUUCCCCACUUCAAAAUGAUUCCUUUCAUGUUUUUUAUGCGAAGCAUACUAGCCGCACAACCGCGCUCUUCCUUGCUGCGCCGCGCGCGGCCGCGUAGCUACCAUAUGACGUCAUAACAGCUGCAAAAGCGGAGGCUCAACUUCUGCGCUCGCUUGCGGCCGCGUAGCUACAUAGCCGGGUCUCAGCUCGUGCGCUCGCCUGCGGUCACACAGAUGGUACUGUGGCCUAACUCCCGCUGCUCCCGCUAGGGCACUGACGUCACAACAGCUGCAAGCCGGGCUCAACUCUUGCGCUCGCCUGCGGUCGCACAGCCGGUGCUGCGGCCUAACUCCCGUUCCUCCCGCUAGGGCACUGGCGUCAUAACAGCUGUAUAAAAGAGCGGCGCGCUCUCGUCGAGGCCAGUUGUAUAGCGCGAUGACGGGAAAGGAAAGGGCCGCUCGGUUCGGUCUAGUCGAACCAAAUAUAGCCAAGCAACAGCAGUUCACCAGGCUAAACAGUGGUUCAACAACUAAAAUAAAGGCUAGUAUGCUUCGCAUCCUGGGCUUAACCUUAGCUAAGCCACAGCCAUUUUUUUCUCACCGUAUCAAAAAGCAAGUUUGUCAUGGCUGGCUCAGAAAUUUCUUUAAUAUGCCUUGUUAGAUGUGAAAAUCGGCAGUUCUCCGCCUGGUCCCUGAUGCAAUGCUUCCCGUCUGAGCCUGCGCAUAUUCAAGAGGCAUGAACGACAGCCAUUUGUUCAUUCCUGCAGCGAUGCAAUGCUAAGUUGUCGUCAACGUUACACCGAAAACCCAUAUCGCUCGUUUAGGUCAGUACUGUGUGUAUUGCGAUCUCGCUGUCUGCUGUGAACGAUUUCCGCAGCACACGGAUAUGCGGACUGAAGAACAUCUCGCCAGGUUAGCUGGUAAUCCAUCUCGAUAACAGCUUCAGGGCGCAAAGAAACAUACUUGCUUACACACACAAAUACCCGAAGAAGAACUCGCUUUUUCACAAACCGCUCGCGUGACACAAGGGGGGGGGGGGGUGUCCUUUCCUGUGUGUUUGUGUGUGUGCACGUAGGAGAGUGUGCUUCUUUCUUGUAAUCUCAAGCUCUUGCCGAGAUACCAACUGAACUUUUUUAUAAACCUGGCCCCGCUCUCAUGUGCUUGUAAAAAGAAAACUAAUUCAUUGAUCUUUUAUGGUUGUACAUUCUUAAGUACUGUUACAGCAAAUAGCAGUAAUAUUUUUUUAUCUUAUCUGAUUCCGCUAUGUGGGUUAACAUCUUGUCGUACCGUGAAGCGCUCGCUGACUUGAAUGUGAUACCGUACGCAUCAUACUUCACAUGAUAAAUAUUAUUCAUCAACGAUGUUCAUACUUUGUUUGUCAUCAUCGUACUUAAAUCUUUGGACUUCACUUAUGUUUGCACGUUGUCUUGGUGGAGAAUAUUUUUCUUGUGUGUUAUUGUUCCGGUGACCAUCUGAAGCGCAUAAAUAUUUCUCAUCCUGCUCUCUGCUAGUAUGUAUAAAGUGUUGAACUUAUCCUGCUAUAAUGAAAAUAAAAGAAUUCAUUAGGCCUU